UCUGAGUUUAAAAAUACAUUCCUUGUGUCUUGACUGAAUCAGCCGACGCACCCUUGUCUCUGGUCCCAAAGAAUCAACAACUUAUUUAGCAGCCACACCACCCACAUCGAGCAAAGAUGGCUCCCAAACCAGUCCUCAAACCUCUCAUCACUCCAAAGACCAUGUUGUUUCCUUCAGAACUUUACGAUUCACCCGUGGCCAUGGCCCAGCCCAGCCCUAUCAAAACAGAAGAUAGUGACUGCCAGACGGCAACAGCCAUCACCCCUCCACCGGCAUACACAGAGUUUCUCAAUGCUCUCACGCCAACAUUCAGCCCCCCGAGCUCAGCAUUCCCAAAAUCACCCAUGGAAAAGUCUCGCCUAUCAUCAUCCACACCAUCUCUCCCAUCCACCACGCUUCCAAGCUACUCAAAAACAACCUCAUCAAUGGCACUACCCUCUCCCGCAUCAGCAUCAGCCAGACCCCAUUCCACCCGCCAGCACCGACGACCACUGUCCUCUCUAUCACCCUCAUCAGCAUACUACCCAUACUACGCCUACUCCCCCUCCGCAGACCACCACUACUCGCCCUACUCCGCGCGGUCUCCCUACACCAUGACAGCAGCAGCAGACUGGAAGCUGCGAGCCGUAGAAUCACCCCGCAGCGCUGGUGCUGGCGCGAAACCGUCGUCGCGUAGUGUGCGACAUGUUAUUACGAGGACGGUUACGUAUCGGCAGACGCCGACGCCGGCGUUGCAUCCGGCGCCGAGGGGGAAGAGGAGGAGGGGUGAGAGGAGGGAGUAGAUGGUUUUAUUUUCAUUUCUGGGGUGUGAUGAUAAUGGAGUGAUAUGGUUUGUUUUAAGGAUGGUGCAUAUUUUCGCUCCAUGGGGUGCUUUCUUUUACUGUGUACUGGCAUUUAUCGGCGUUAUGGACUUUCUCGUUUUCAGCUUGGUUUUGUUCUACUUGUUCUGGAGAAAGCGGACAGGCAUAGAUUGCGACUCUGAUGGACAUAUUUCAUUUGUUUAUGACUACCAAUGAGACCACUCAAUUCC